AUGAGCCCAUCAGCAAAGAAGAAGCCCAAGAAGAGCGUGGUUUCCAAGAUGCAAAGUGAGAAACUGCAGGACAAGAUAAAGCAGCCUGUCAACAAAGUAAUUGAGCGAAACCGACUUAGAACGGUAUUUAAAAACUUGUCGCUCUUGAAGCUACUCAAGAGCUCGAACCGUCGGAUCCAAGAACUGCAUAACCUGGCCAAAAGGUGUUGGAAUUCACUGCUCAGAGUUCCACAGAGCCUCCACAUCUCCUCUGGGGAAAACAUUGUCUGCGAUAAAGUGAAACUAAAUAAUACAGAGGUCCAGGAGACUGGGUGCCCCAACAAGGAACUGGAGUCCGAGAAAUCAGAGUCCACAGCAGAACCUAAGGAAACAAAGCCCAAGGAGUGGAAGCCUAAGGUGCCAUCAGGGAUGAGGAACAAGGCAAACAGGUCACCUGCAGCAGUGCCACGUAAAGAAAAGCAGAGAGAGCCUAAGGUCCCAAGGACAUUGAGGGGUCAUGGCCUAAAUGCUGGAGCCCAGAGGAGGCAACUACUUACUGAGGGCCCCCAAGUCAUCUUCCUGAAGUCCCACCACCAUGGAACUCCCACGGGGGAUAUGAAGCAACUGGAUGUAGCUGACCAGUGGGUCUGGUUUGAGGGGCUGCCCAGUCGAGUCCAUGUCCCGGCACCCCGGGUGAUGUGCAGACCCUCCACCUGGCGCUGGGUCAAGCGCUGCUGCACCCGCUUAUGUGCUGCAUCACUUGAAUUGCCUAUAUAUCGUCCAUACAAGGUGAUGUGA